UGUGUCACACACUGGUGGCCUGUGGGCGGCUCCUCCUGCUUCCUGUGCAGUGUUAUGUGUGCUCGGCCCCCGUGUGCUGCUGCUGCUGCUUGUGUUGUGUCUCAUGUCGUCUCCUCCUCUGCUCGCCCCUGUAGUCGGGGGAUCCCCCGGUCUUCUCCUCCCCCGGGACCCGCCACCCCGAGCCUGGAGUCCCCGGGACAAGUGCAGCUACCUGGGCCUGUCCCACGGUAACCUGCGGGUCCACUACAAAGGACAUGGAAAAACCUCAAGAGAUGCCGCCUCAGUGCGGGCUACACAUCCUAUUCCAGCAGCAUGUGGCAUAUACUAUUUUGAAGUGAAAAUUAUCAGUAAGGGGAGAGAUGGUUAUAUGGGCAUUGGGCUAUCCACCCAGGGUGUCAAUCUGAACAGACUCCCAGGUUGGGAUAAGCAUUCUUAUGGAUAUCACGGAGAUGAUGGACAUUCGUUUUGCUCCUCUGGAACUGGCCAGCCAUAUGGCCCGACUUUUACAACUGGCGAUGUCAUUGGAUGCUGUGUUAACCUGAUCGACAAUACAUGCUUCUAUACAAAAAAUGGCCACAGCCUAGGUAUUGCGUUCACAGAUCUUCCGCCCAACCUGUAUCCAACAGUUGGACUGCAGACUCCUGGAGAAGUGGUUGAUGCAAAUUUUGGGCAGAGUCCUUUUGUUUUUGACAUAGAAGACUACAUCCGAGAGUGGAGAACUAAAAUUCAGGCGCAGAUUGAGAGGUUCCCUGUUGCUGGUGAUUGGCAGUCUAUAAUACAGAGGAUGGUGUCUUCUUAUCUUGUACAUCAUGGCUACUGUUCCACAGCAGAGGCUUUUGCCAAGUCUACAGACCAGACUGUGCAGGAAGAACUGGCCUCCAUUAAAAACAGACAGAGGAUUCAGAAAUUGGUGCUGGCAGGAAGAAUGGGAGAAGCUAUUGAAACCACACAGCAGUUAUACCCCAACCUGCUAGAAAGGAACCCUAAUCUUUUCUUUACCUUAAAAGUUAGGCAAUUCAUAGAAAUGGUGAAUGGAACAGACAGUGAAGUGAGAUGCCUGGGAGGUCGCAGUCCUAAGUCACAAGACAGUUAUUCAGGUUCGGAUAGCAAUUGCAGUAAUGGUGUAAUAUCAAACAAAAGUCACCAGUCCCACAGUCGUAGUAAACACCAGCCUUCCAGCCUUAAUGUAACAGAACUGAACAGUAUAAACAUGACUAUGUCACAGCAAAUUAACAGCUACACCAGUAAUGAUGUAGAGAUGGAGACUGAUCACUAUUCCAACGGCUUUGCCGCCGCGUCAUCUAAUGGAUUUCUCAAUGGCAGCACAAAGCAUGACAAUGAAUUGGAAGAAUGUGACACUGAAAUGGAGGUAGAUUCAACUCAGGUAAGACGCCAACUGUGUGGAGGAAGCCAGGCUGCCGUUGAGAGGAUGAUAUGUUUUGGGAGAGAACUACAAGCCAUGAGCGAGCAACUAAGGAAAGAACGUGGAAAAAAUGCAACUAACAAAAAUAUGCUGAAGGACGCAUUUAGUUUACUUGCAUACUCUGACCCCUGGAGCAGCCCAGUUGGUUACCAGCUUGAUCCUAUACAGAGGGAACAUGUGUGCUCAUCUCUUAAUAGUGCAAUACUAGAUAUUCACAACCUGCCAAAGCAGCCUCCCCUGUCCCUGGCUUUAGAGCAAGCUGCGCAGUGUUUAGAGAUGAUGGCCCACUCGGGCAUCGGCUCCUGCGCGUUUGCCAGGCUGAGUGAUUACCUACAUUAGCUAUGCAGUAGAAGAAGUUGGGAGACUACAUGCAGUAUGGAGAUACUGUAAGACACAUAGACCAGCUCUAGAUACUUGGAACUCGUUUGUUUCAUUUAUUACGUUUGUAACAAGCACGUCCCUAUCAUUUGACUUUAAAUAGCCUUUUUUUUUUUUUUAAUUCUUAUUAUUUUAUUCAGUUUUAAGAGGAUGUUGCUACGUAAUUCUGGUUUGCCAUACCAGCAAUAAUUUGAUUUGACUAUAUUAAUCUGUGUUAAUCCUCUUACAAUGCGUGAGGUACAGUGGACAACAAAUCGCAGGGCGACGCUAACAGCCAAGCAGCUUGCUUGCCGCAGUCCUGUGUUUUAUUUUUAAUUAUAAUUAUUAUUAUUUUGGAAUGCAUUAUAGACACUUAAAUGCCGUGCUGCAAGAAUCCUUGUGAUUACCGGCUGCACCGUCUUUUCUUUCUUUCUUCUUUAUUUGCACAGUUCAUGGCCUCCAGAUUGUUGCUGGUCAGACUGUAUAUCUUGAGCCUGCACGCACUGUGACGGAGAUCACAGGACAUAUGUAAUAUCUCGUCUAGGACUGCCAGUGUACAGGUUGUGUGUGGCAUGUCUCAUGUGUAGACAUCAAUCUGCUUCUGUUUUCUCACAGAGGGCACCGUUAAGGAUAACGACAUACAGUUCAGACUGCAGAGUUUACCAUCUCUGUCAUGAAACUUGAAAUGCCCCAAAAGGGGUGUUGUUUUCUCUUUUUAAAGGGAGAGUCUAUCAUCAGAAAAUUCACCAGGCAGAAGACCCUGUAGGUCUAGCUCCGCUAAAUGUAAUGAUACCCUUUCCCUUAAUCUGGAGGGAAAAAAAGUACUUUUAAUCCAUAUGCAAAUGAGCAGCUAUGUGCACUGAGGGCGGACCCAAGCCACUCUGUGCACCCUUCCUCCUUUGCUUCACCCUGCCAAUCAAGAAGGAACAGGGAGGGGCUGGCAGAGGAAGCAUUAGGAGCAAGAGUGCACAGAUUGGCUUGGGCCCGCCCUUGGUGCACUUAACUGCUCGUUUGCCUAUGGUUGACGCGAUGGAUCGAGCUAAGUAAAAAGUAUCAUUACAUUCAGGUAAGCUAGCCCUAGAAGGCAUUGUGCCUGGUUUAACAGUGAAUUUCCUGGUGAUGGACUCCCUUUAAUCUGCACCUCAACUCUAUAGUCCCAGGAUGUGUUGAUACGGCCAGCUUUGACAUUUGUACUUGCUACGGGCUGUGUCGUUGUUUUUUUUUUCCUGUUGUGUGAUAAACUUUAUUGUAACAUGUCAGCACAGCGUGUGACGUGAAGAAUUUCUCUUUAUUCCUUCUGUAACAACAGGACAGCUUCUUCACACUAUAUAAAUAGGGAUUUGGUGUGUCUUUAAUCAUUUAUUUAUAGAAAAGAACCAAAUAUUUAGUCUUCUAGGUAUCUUUAAUUUCACCUUUGUACACUUUAAUUUUUAAGUGCUAAAAUAUUGAAAAAAAAAUGUAACUGUACUUAAAUUAAUCUGCCAAUAAAAAUUUAAUUCGGAGAACACA